AUGGAUUGCCUUGCAGAUCGCAGGCAGGGCAGCCAACAAGGGCCAGCCAAAGCCAAACUCCCUGUGACCAUCAACAUUUCCCUGGUCUUUCCUUUCACAUAGCUUCAUUCAACCAUGUCCAAAGCACUCCUCCUGCCGCUGUGUGUUGCCUUGGUGGUAUGUGGGCAUGCACAAGGAGCCACACUGAGAAACAAAGAGAAAUGGAAGCCACUCAACAAUCCCAGAAACCGAGAUCUAUUUUUCAGAACCCUCCAGGCAUAUUUUAAAGAAAGAGGUCUUGAUCUUCGGAGGUUUACAAAUACUUCGUCCAUGAAUGAGAAUCCUAGACCUCUCUCUUUCCAGUCAGAACUUAUUGCUUCGGCAUUUGCAGAUUAUGAACAGCAGAAAAACUCCUUUGCCAGUUUCCUCAAAGGCUAAAAAUUCCUUCUGAGCUCAGGUUCUGGCUGUUUUUAAACUACAGAUGAAGCUUCUUUUUAGAAAAUGUCAACCA